AUGGCAAGUCAAAAACCCACUACAUCAUUAGAAUACGAAAAUGUAAACGGGAUAAAACUUGUACUAAAUGUUCAUAAAAGACAAACUCCACCGCACGCCAGAAUAUUUACAAUAACUUAUAAAAAUGUUAAAAGUAAUAGUUCGAAAAUAGGAGCAAAGGCGUCUCUGUUUCUAGCCAUUAUAUUUAAUUUAAUAGCUCUAUUUUAUGUAAGGAUAAGUUUAACAGCAAUAUUGGUUAUAAUAAUUGUAUUAUCUUUCUUGGUCUUCUUUUGGUUCACUCACAGUGUUCAGUCAGAAAGUCUUAUAGUAAUACCGACAGUAUGUAUUCAGAGCACAGUAAAGUAUGUGUGGGGUCGAGAGGACACCUUUGUGGACUGGUCCAAUGUUGAUGAUGUUAUCAUCAAUGAAGUUAUUAAAAUGAAUCGAGUUUUGUAUUACCUAACAUUAUUGAAAAAGGAAGAUAAUCCUGAUUCAGUGCGGCUGGUACCACUAUUUAAGUACACAAAACCAAGACUAGUAAUGCUUCAGAAGAUCUACUCGGAGAUACAAACAUUCCUGAUGGAUGCUCAAAAGGAGAGUUCUAUGGCUUCCGGAGACAAAGAAUGA